AUGAACAAUCCCAGCACUCUAAAAAGAGCACAAGAUGAGUUAGACAUCAAAGUGGGAAAGCAUCGCAAAGUGAAUGAGUCAGACAUAAAGAACCUAGUCUACUUGCAAGCCAUAAUCAAGGAAACCUUACGACUGUACCCUGCUGCAAAGCUUUCAGUGCCACGUGAGGCCAUGGAGGAUUGCAACGUGGCAGGCUUCCACAUCCAAGCUGGAACUCGCCUUCUGGUUAACCUGUGGAAGUUGCCCCGGGACUCCGAAAUUUGGCCGGAUCCUUUGGAGUUCCAACCUGGGGGGUUCCUAACGAAGCAGUGGAUUUUGAGGUCGUCACUUAAUGCCAAAGGGAACAAGAAGAAAGGCAAAAGGCCACCAGAGCCGUCCGGGCAAUGGCCUCUUAUCGGUCACCUUCAUCUUCUAGGAGCAGACAAGCUGCUACAUCGGACACUUGGAGACAUGGCUGAUAACUGGGAAGUAGCAAAGAAAUGUUACACUACAAGUGACAAGGUAUUCGCCACUCGACCAAAAUCCUUAGCAAUAAAGCUCAUGGGCUAUGAUCAUGGCUCGUUUGUCUUUGCUCCUUAUGGACCAUACUGGUGUGAUGUGCGGAAGCUAGCCAUGGUUGAGCUACUGUCAAACCGCCAGCUUGAGAUGCACAAACAUGUCCAGGACUCAGAAGUCAAGAUCUUAAUAAAAGAGUUUUAUGGGCAAUGGGCAAGCAACAAGGACGGCCCCGCUUUGGUGGAGAUGAAGGAAAGAUUUGGGAACUUGUCACUGAACGUAGUGAUGACAGAAAAUUCUGGGAAACGGUAUUUUGGGACCCAUGCCUGUGGUGAUGAGCCAAAACGGGGCAAGAAGGCCUUUGAUGAUUUCAUGAUUCUAGUGGGGCUGUUCAUGGUCUCGGAUGCCAUCCCUUUUCUCGGCUGGUUGGACACGGUGAAAAUGUUUACCGCUCAAAUGAAGAGAGUAGCUGAGGAGGUGGAUUAUGUGCUUGGAAGCUGGGUGGAGGAGCAUCGCCAGAAUAGGCUUUCUGCGAACGACAAUGGGGCUGAGCAAGACUUCAUCCAUGCCAUGCUUUCUGUCAUAGAUGAUGGCCAAUUCUCUGGUCGUGAUCCUGACACCAUCAUUAAGGGCACUUGCUCGUCGACAUCAUAUGUUGAUUGCAGAACCUUAUAUGAGCUAGCUAUGACACAACAGCUAUCACUCUUACAUGGGCCCUCUCUUCUACUGAACAACCGCCAUGUGCUAAAAAAAGCACAAGCAGACCUGAUGACCACCUGGCUAAUGAUGGUUUGA